AAUCGGAAGCCAACUUCAGCGUCGUCUACUCAGUUACCAAACCGGCAAGCUGCUCCUGUCCUCAAUCAUUUCUUGCUGACAGACGCUGAGCUCUGACUGUGCAAUGAAUUGGUUGGAUUUAUUUUAUAACCCGGUGUGGGUACUGUCCACGGCUGUGCUGGCGCUCGUGGUGCGGAUCCAGCGCAGAGGGAGCUGGGACCCGCAGUCCUGUAGCGUGCGGCUGAAGGGGAAGACUGCCAUAGUGACAGGAGCCAACACAGGAAUUGGGAAGUUCAUUGCCUUGGACUUUGCACGUCGCGGGGCCCGUGUUAUUCUGGCCUGCCGAAGCCAGGCCCGGGGGUCAGCGGCGCUUGAAGAAAUCAGGGAGAAAACCGGAAACUCUGAUGUGCACCUGCGUCUGGUGGACGUGUCUUCUCUGGACUCGGUCAGGGAGUUUGCUGAGGGGAUUCUCAAAGAGGAAGAAGCGCUCCACAUCCUUGUCAACAAUGCUGCAGUAUCAGGCUUACCUAGGGAGAUAACCAAAGACGGGUUAGAUGCUUCUUUUGCCACAAACCACCUGGGACCGUUCCUCCUCACCAACCUGCUCCUGGACCUGAUGAAGCGUUCUGCUCCGGCACGCAUUGUCACCCUCUCUUCGGUCAACCACAAGAAGGGCGAAGUGGACUUCUCUCACUUUCGCGGCGAGAACCUCAACUAUUUCAUGGAUAUUGUCUACAACCACACGAAGCUGCACAAUAUCAUCUGUACCAACGAGCUAGCACGCAGGCUAGAAGGGACAGGUGUCACCGCAAACUCCGUCCACCCUGGUAUUGUCACAACUGAAGUGUUGAGACACUAUCCCUGGGGUGUUCGUUUUCUUUUCAACCUCAUUGGAUUUUUCUUUUUCAAGAAUCCAGAGGAGGGUGCAGUCAGCUCGAUCUACUGUGCGUUGGCAGAGGAAAUGGAGGGGAUAACUGGGAAGUAUUGUGACUGCGACUGCCACUUGGUCCUCCCCGCCCCUUUAGCUCGAGACGCUGCCCUCGCGGUCAAGGACUUUGAGAUCUGCGAGAGGCUGACAUCAAAGCUCUGAGACAACUAUCAGGCAAGCG